AUGAAGUGGAAAAUUGAAAACGAGGUUGAGGUGAUGUAUUUCUGAGCUUUAUCAUUUAUGACAACAUUUUUAAUGCUUAACUUUGCAUAUAUGUAUGCUUCACUUGAAAAUUAUAUUUUCUGCAUAUUUUGUUUCGAUUUUUCUGUGUCAUUGAGGACAAUGUUAUUUUUAAGUUGGGGGUGAAGUAUUAAUUAUUAAUUUAUGCUGUAGGAUGAUUAAAAAUAUGUGUUUGCAUUUUAUUUUUUAUUCUUUCAUGCUCACAUAGAAUAGCAACUAAAAAAAUUAAAAUAAAAUAAAAUUCAGAAAAACUACAAUAUCUAUUUUUUGGUUUUCUGUUAGGAACAACAGAUUGUCAAAAACAGCAAACAAAAAACAAUCUGAAAUUUAAAAUUCUAGAGACCUUUUUCUCACAUUUCAAUCCCCUAGACAUAUAUUACUGAAAUUCGAAAUUACAACUAUAAAGAGGAUAGUUUUGAUUUAUUUUUGACAAAUUUAUUGUUGCUAAAAACAGAACUAAAAACGGAAAACAGAACUGUUAGAACUAUCGUUCUAAAAAUAGAAGAGCAUGUGUUGAGUUGUUUUCCUUCUCACAAUAAUCAUUCAAUUUAUUUAUCAACCAAUGUUUUUCAUAUUACACUAUACUGUGAAUGAUAAGUCUUCAUUAUCAUGAGUUAAUAAUUAGUAAAUAAUAUAUUUUUAGCCUUAACUCAUGAUAAAUAGACUUAUAUUUGUGUUAAAAUGUGAAAAGUGGUUUUAAGUUGAUUAAUGUAAAUUUUUGAGUAAUUAUGUGGUUUUAUACAAAUUUAUAUGAUUUUUACAGUCUCACUUUUGAGAUAAAUGAAGAAAAAGAAAUAAAAAUAAAAAUAUAACAAAAUAGUGGGCACCCGCCGGCCAGCCGGGCCCGCAAGUGGGUCGGAAGCGCAAUUGGGGAGUAGCCGCGAGCAAGGACUCAAGCAGCUAGGACAGAUAGGGGCACAUGUACGCCACUCCCCUUUCACAUCAUUGAUGGCCAACCAGCUAUGGGGCAAAGAGUGGUUAUACACGCGUGAGAAAGGGACUUGCUUGUAAAUGUAAUAUUAGUAUAUAUUCGUCCAAAACUUCGGCGCACAAGCAAUGUGGGACUAAACCCGCGUCACACCUUCCCUAGAAAGGGUUUGAUGAUUUUGAUACCUAAAAUACCCCUUAUUUAUAAUAGGGAUAUACCACGAUAAUGUCAUUAGAUAAGGGCAUUAGAGUACUUAUGUCAAUCUCUCUCAUGCAAGAGCAACUAGUGUGGGUUCGAAUCCUCCUAAAGCCAAAACUCAUAUUUUUUAUCUAAUUAUCACGACUUUCUUGCAGAUCGCUAAUGAAGCAUUAAGUCACCAAAAUCACUAGAUCAUCAAUGAAAAUCUCGUCAAUGUGAUUCGCGAAGCAUUGUUACUAAAAUUGUUGAACUAUUCGCAAUAAAAGGAUCGCGAAUCCAUCGAGUAAAGUAUCUCCAAUUGAUCGACGAACAAGCCGUCGUCAAGAUAAGGACGAUCUACCGGGAGACGAGUCACCACCUCCUGAGAUCAUACUAGAUGCAAUGAAGAGCCUCUUCUUGCUGUGCAGAGUUGAGGAUGAAGCUCCCUAAUACGCGCCCCACCUCCAUCCAACUCCUCUCUGUCGGGUGACAGCCACUAGAGAGCCGCAAAGUCACUAUUUUUCUGCUCCGCCGGGUGACAAUCACCAGAGAUGAUUCAAGGACCAAUUUCAUUGAUCUCUAAACUUCGCAAGGAGAUCUAGAGAUUGCCCACGUCGUCCUUAUCCAAGGAGAGCCUUUGAGGCAGUAGACACUACACGACGAUCCUCCCAAAUGCUUAGGAUUUUGGUACAUCGCCAAUGCAUCGCUACCCCGACGUUAGAACUCUAUUUUCCUACUUUCAACUUAAUUUCUACUUCAUUUAAUGAUAAUUUAUGUGAUUUAAAUUUACCAAGAUAUACUUCAUUCAAUUACGAUUCUUCUGGCUUUUACAAAUCUUAAUUUGAUCAAUUAAAUCGUCUAUAAUUGCUUACGUAAGAAUCGUCAGACAAGACUCUAUUUUUGUCCAAUUCGCAUUCGUUAGGCACUGAUGUCAUCGUGAAGUCCGCACCCUUAUUUCUCUUUUUUGUGAAUUUUAAAUAUAUUUUAUUUUCAUUUCCUAGUAUACAAUUCAUAGAAAAUAGUAUUCUUUGAAGAAAAUUUUAAAUAAUUACCUGAUAUUAUAUUACAUCGCUGUGAUGGACCUAGAAAAUUACCACUAUAUUUGGAAGUUUUAUUGAAUUAUAAUUAAUAUAUUUGUUCAGAAAUACUUCUAAAUAUCCAAAAAUUUGUAUGUUCUAGUUUUAUAAAUUUUAAAUUUACAUGAUUUACUAUACAACGACUAAGUCACAUCACCUCCCAACACCUACAUAUUGCCUCUUGGUGCCCCACUAAUAAGUCUUCAUUAUCAUGAGUUAAUAAUUAGUAAAUAAUAUAGUUUUAGCCUUAACUCAUGAUAUAUAGACUUAUAUUUGUGUUAAAGCGUGAAAAGCAAUUUUUAGUCGAUUAACGUGAUUUUUUGGUUAAUUAUGCAAUUCUCUACGAAUUUAUAUAAUUUUUAUAGUCCUAUUUUUGAGAUAAAUGAAGAAAAAGAAAUUAAAAUAAAAAUAUAAAAAAAGGGAAGACCCACCAGCCAGCCGGGCUCGCAAGUGAGUUGAAAGUAUAGUCAAGGGGAGCCGCAAGCAGGGGCUCGAGUGGCUAGGACUGAUGGGAGCACAUGUGCGCCACUCCCCUUCCACAUCACUAAUGGUCAACUAGUUGUGAGGUAAGGAGUGGUCGUAUACAUAGUAGAAAAAAACUCAUUGCUUGUAAAUGUGAUAUUACUCUAUAUUCAUCCAAAACUUUAGUGCACAAACGAUGUGGGGCUAAACCCACGUCACACCUUCUCCCGAAAGGCUUCAAAGAUUUUAAUACUUAAACUAUCUCUUUGUUAUAAUAGAGAUAUAUCAUGAUGACGUCACUUGAUAAAGGCAUUAGAGUAUUUAUUUCAAUCUCUCUCAUACGUGUGGGCAACCGGUGCGGGUUCAAAUCCUACUAGAGCUCAAACUCAUAUUUUUAUCUGAUUAUCGUGACUUUCUAGUAAAUCGUCGGUGAAAGAUUAAGCCGUUAGAAUCGCUCCAUCAUCAGCAAAAAUCUUGUCAAUGCGAUUCGUAGAGUAUUGUUAUUAAAAUUAUUGAAUGAUUCAUGAUAAAAGGAUCAUAAAUUCAUCAAGUAAAUCAUCUCCGAUUGAUCGAUGAACAAGCCGUCGUAAUAUAUAUCCUGACGUUCGCACCCUUAUUUCAUUUUUUCAUGAAUUUUAAAUAUAUUUCAUUUUUAUUUCUCAAUAUAAAAUUCAUAAAAACUCAUAUUCUUUGAGAAAAAUUCUGAAUAGUUACCCAAUAUUAUAUUACAUCCUUGUAAUUGACUUAAAAAAUUAUCACUAUUUUUGAAAGUUUUAUUGAAUUAUAAUUGAUAUAUUUAUUCAGAAAUACUUCUAAAUAUCCAAAAAUUGAUAUUUUCUAGGUUUAUAAAUUUUAAAUUUGUGUGAUUUACUAUACAAGGACUAAGUCACGUUAGUACUCCACUAUUCCUAAGAUUUGUUGUAUCGACAAUGCUAUGGAAUUAGUCCAAGAUUCACUUCACACAUUUUGUGUUGACCGUGGUAUUUUUCAUCAAACCAUGUGUCCACACACAUCCCAACAAAAUGGUGUUGCCGAAUGAAUACAUCACUAACUACUUAAUAUUAUUUGCAUACUACUCAUUGAGAUGAAUGUUCCUCAUUAUUUGUGGUGUAAUGCCCUUCUGACAGUCAUAUAUCUCUAGAAUUGAUGUCCUUCCACUCCACUUAGUGGGGUCAUUUCACUUCAUCGUCUUUCACUAAAUUCUUUUCUUUUUUUCUUACCCCCUUGUGUCUUUAAACGCACUACUUUCGUCCAAGACCAUUCUCCUUCUCUUUCUAAAUUGACCCCUCAUGCUCUCAAAAGGGUCUUUGUUAGUUACUCAUAGACACAAAAGGGUUAUCAGAUCUAUUUUCUUGAUACUCAUUGCUAUGUGACAUCAGCUAACAUUAUUUUUCAUGAGUCUCUCUUCUUUUCUCCAACAUCGACUCCUCGAUCUGCUUCAUCUUCACCACCUAAUUUUCUUCAUGUGGUGAUCAUUGUAGAUCCCUCUCUUACUCUUCUUACUUGUCUAGUUUCUUCCUCGUCCACUCCUCCUUCAAUACCUUCGGCUUCAUCACCAUCUGACUCUUCUACUCUAGGAUCAGAUUCAUCUUCACCCUUUGUCGACGAGCCUUCUCCAAUCGUCUCUUCUAACACAAGUGGAUGACCUUCAUCUUCCUAUUGCUGUCUGCAAAGGUACACAUGUAUGCACCAGACAUCCUAUUUCCCACUUUAUUUCCUACGACUGUUGAUAAGUCUUCAUUAUCAUGAGUUAAUAAUUAGUAAAUAAUAUAGUUUUAGCCUUAACUCGUGAUAAAUAGACUUAUAUUUGUGUUAAAGUGUGAAAAGUGGUUUUCAGUUGAUUAAUGUGAUUUUUUGGGUAAUUAUGUGAUUUUAUACGAAUUUAUAUGAUUUUUACAGUCUUACUUUUGAGAUAAAUGAAGAAAAAGAAAUAAAACUAAAAUAUUGCAAAAUGUGGGGGGACCCGCCGGCCAGCCGGGCCCGCAAGCGGGUCAGAAGCACAGUCGGGAGUAGCCGCGAGCAGGGGCUCGAGCGGCUUCGCUUGGACCGAUAGGGGCACGUGUGUGCCACUCCCCUUCCACGUCACCGGUGGCCAGCCGGCUGUGGGGCAAGGAGUGGUCGUACACGCGAGAGAAGGGACUUUGCCUGAAAAGCUAAUAUUACUAUAUAUCGCCUGAAAAAUCGGCGCACAACCGAUGUGGGACUAAACCCACGUCACACCUUCCUCAGAAGGGGGGCCGGACAACCGACGCGGGUUCGAAUCCUCCCAGAGUCAAAAUUUAUAUAUUUUUAUCUGAUUAUCGCGACUUUCCUGCAGAUCGCCGGUGAAGGAUUAAGCAACUAGAAUUGUUGGAUCAUCGGCGAAAAUCUCGUCAACGCGAUUCGCGGAGCAGUGCUACUAAAAGGAUCGUGAAUCCAUCGAGUAAAUCAUCUCCGAUUGAUCGACGAACAAGCCGUCGUCGGGAAGAGGACGAUCCGCCGGGAGACGAGUCGCCACCUCCUGAGAGCGUACCAGAUGCGAUGAAGAGCCUCCUCUUGCUGCGCGGACCUGAGGAUGAAGCUCCCUGACACGCGCCCCACCUCCAUCCAGCUCCUCUCCGUCGGGUGACAGCCACCGGAGACGACUCAGCGACCCAUUUCAUUGAUCUCUAGACUUCGCGAGAAGAUCUAGAGAUUGCCCACGUCGUCUUUGUCCAAGGAGAGCCUUCGAGGCCGUGGACACUGCACAACGAUCCUCCCGAACGCUCAAGAUUCCGGUGCAUCGCCGAUGCAUCGCCGUCGCGACGCCGGAACUCUGUUUUCCUGCUUUCAACUUACUUUACGCUUCAUUUAGUGAUAGUUUUUGUGAUUUUAAUUUACAAAAAAAUUACUUUGUUCUAUUACGAUUCUUCCGGCUUUUACAGAUCUUAAUUUGAUUAAUUAAAUCGUCUGUAAUCGCUUACGUAAGAAUCGCCGGACAGAACUCUGUUUCCGCCCGAUUCGCGUUUGCCGGGUGUUGACGUCAUCUUGAUGCCCGCACCCUUAUUUCCCUUUUUCGUGAAUUUUAAAUAUAUUUCCUUUUUAUUUCCUAGUAUAAAAUUCAUAGAAAAUCGUAUUUAUUGAGAAAAAUUCUGAAUAAUUACCAGAUAUUAUAUUACACCCCUGUAAUUGACCUGGAAAAUUACCGCUAUUUUUGGAAUUUUUAUUAAAUUAUAAUUGAUAUAUUUAUUUAGAAAUACUUCUAAAUAUCCAAAAAUUCGUAUUUUCUAGUUUUAUAAAUUUUAUAUUUGCAUGAUUUAAUAUACAACGACUGAGUCAUGUCAACUGUCUUUCUCUUUCCUUUCAUACCUUUGCUCUUUCCGUGGCCUCCGAGUCAAUUCCACAAUCGUAUGUUAAGGCUGCAUAGGUACCUAAAUAGAAGGUAGUCAUGAACUUGGAGGUGGAUGCCUUCAUGUCUUAGAGAACUUGACACUUGUAUCUCGUCCACGUGAUGCCAACAUCGUUAUGUGAAGAUGGGUUUUCACACUCAGGUAUAACCCAAAUGGAUCUAUUAUACGUUACAAGGCUUGUUUGAUUGCUCAUAGAUUCACGCAGGCUUAUGACAUUAACUAAACUGAGAUGUUCUCUCUAGUGGUUCAACUCAACUCUAUUCGAGUGAUACUCUCUUUAAUAGUGAAUUAGGUAUGGUGUUUAUAUCAGUUGAAUGUUUCUAAUAUCUUUCUCUACGGUGACCUUGAGGAACAAGUGUUUAUGGAGCAACCUCUUGAGUAUGUUGCUCAGAGGGAGUCAUUGAAGGUAUGUCUUUUGUAGAGUGUCAUUUACAAACUUAAACAAAAUCCAUGUAUCUGAUUUGCUAAGUUCAAUGGUCUUCUAACGCAAUUUGGAUUCUCACCAUGUCUUGCAAAUUCCACAGUACCUGCAAACACUACUGA